AUGGCAAUUUGUCUUCAACUUAAUGAAAUCUAUUGGUUUGAUUCAAUUGGAGGCCAGCCACGUGAUGACAUCAAAGAUAUUGUUGAAAAGUGUGUCAAUUCAGCAAAGUUGUUGAGAAGCAAUGGAUCAACUCGUUCACCAAAAUGGACUAAGGUUUUGUGUGCUCAAGAAGUUGGAAGUUCGGCAUGUGGAUAUUAUGUGAUGAAAUACAUGCUUGAAAUUCUUUUCAAAGAAGCAUGUGCGGGAAUGGAUAAGAUUGUUGAGAGAGUUGGUAGAUCGAGCUACAUUCAACAAGAAAUUGAUCAAGUAAGAGACGUAUGUGCCGACUUCUUUGUUGAUGUUGUGGUUGUGGUUGUGGUUGUGGUUGUGAGUAGAUUUGAGCAGAUCAGUUUUGUUAGUAGGGUCGCGAAUCAAGCGGCUCACUCUUUAGCAAAGCAUGUAAGUGCUAGUUUAGCACGUUCUACUUGGAGGGAUGUUCUACCUCCUUUUCUUCUGCCUGAUUUGGCUAAUGAAAUCUAG